UGGCUGCUGAGCUUCGAACUACGCGGAGGCGGGGCCUGUGGCGAGCCCCGGGCCGGUGGCCAGACUAGACCUGGGGGAGUCGGAUCCCAAAACAGACCGCGAGCUCCAGCCUGCUGCAGAGUAUUCAGCAUGCUGCGCUUCCUGGUGCCCCGGCUGUUUGGCCUGUGCCGCCCCGUUGCCCCGUACUCCUCUGCAGCAGCCCUCCCAAGCCCCAUCCUCAAUCCGGACAUCCGCUACAACCAGCUCUUCAUCAACAAUGAGUGGCAAGAUGCGGUCAGCAAGAAGACCUUCCAGACAGUCAACCCCACCACAGGGGAGGUCAUUGGCCACGUGGCUGAAGGGGACCAGGCUGAUGUGGAUCGCGCAGUGAAAGCAGCCCGUGAGGCCUUCCGCCUGGGGUCUCCAUGGCGCCGGAUGGAUGCCUCAGAGCGGGGCCGGCUGCUGAACCGCCUGGCCGAUCUAGUGGAGCGGGAUCGUGUCUACUUGGCCUCGCUGGAAACCCUGGACAACGGCAAGCCUUUCCAGGAGUCUUACGCCUUGGACCUGGAUGAGGUCAUCAAGGUAUACCGGUACUUCGCUGGCUGGGCUGACAAGUGGCAUGGCAAGACCAUCCCCAUGGAUGGCGAGCAUUUCUGCUUCACCCGGCAUGAGCCCGUUGGCGUCUGUGGCCAGAUAAUCCCAUGGAACUUUCCCUUGGUCAUGCAGGCCUGGAAGCUCGCCCCGGCCCUUGCCACAGGCAACACUGUGGUCAUGAAGGUGGCAGAGCAGACCCCCCUUUCUGCUCUGUACUUGGCCUCCCUCAUCAAAGAGGUGGGCUUUCCCCCUGGGGUGGUGAACGUCCUCACAGGCUAUGGCCCAACAGCAGGAGCAGCUAUCGCCCAUCACAUGGAUGUCAACAAAGUUGCCUUCACUGGCUCUACCGAGGUGGGCCACCUGAUCCAGAAGGCGGCUGGUGAUUCCAACCUCAAGAGAGUCACCCUGGAGCUGGGUGGGAAGAGUCCGAGCAUUGUGUUGGCUGAUGCCGACAUGGACCACGCUGUGGAGCAGUGCCAUGAAGCCCUGUUCUUCAACAUGGGCCAGUGCUGCUGUGCAGGUUCCCGGACCUUCGUUGAAGAAUCCAUCUAUGAUGAGUUUCUCGAGAGAACCGUGGAGAAAGCUAAGCGGCGGAAAGUUGGGAACCCCUUUGAGCUAGACACCCAGCAGGGGCCCCAGGUGGACAAGGAGCAGUUUGAGCGAAUCCUGGGCUACAUCCAGCUUGGCCAGAAGGAAGGGGCAAAACUUCUCUGUGGCGGGGAGCGUUUUGGAGAGCGAGGCUUCUUCAUCAAGCCCACGGUCUUUGGUGGAGUGCAAGAUGACAUGAGGAUCGCCAAGGAGGAGAUCUUUGGGCCUGUGCAGCCUCUGUUCAAGUUCAAGAGGAUCGAGGAGGUGAUCGAGAGGGCCAACAACACUAGGUAUGGCUUGGCGGCUGCCGUGUUCACUCAGGACCUGGACAAAGCCAUGUACUUCACACAGGCCCUCCAAGCUGGGACAGUGUGGGUGAACACCUACAACAUUGUCACCUGCCACACACCUUUUGGAGGCUUUAAGGAAUCUGGCAAUGGAAGGGAGCUGGGGGAGGAUGGGCUUAAGGCCUACACAGAGGUGAAGACAGUCACCAUCAAGGUUCCUCAGAAGAACUCAUAAGGAUGGCUACCAAGGAAACCCAGCUCUAGUCCGCGGAUGCCACAACCAUCUGCAAGUGGUUGCCAAGUAUUUUUUUUUAAGCCGUGGACCCCCCCCCCCACCUAUUUGUUCCAGAUGAACUCUUAGACGGAACCUCAACAAAUGAAGCAGUUAAAAUGGGAGCUGUUCUAGUUAAAGCAGGGAUGGGGGCUGGGCCCAGAGGCUUAUCCACCUGCACCCAAACCCUGUUGAUGGCCCUGUGUUACUUCCAUGACACCUUAAGAGUCUCUGGAAUACAGAUGAGAAACCAAUGAUCAGACAGCGGCUUUUCAUUCUUCCAGCUGAUCCAAGGACUUCCUGGUGGGUAAUUAGUGGUUAGACACUUCAGACAUGGGAUUAGGGCACAUUAGGAGUUUUAAACUAGGCCCUUUGUCUUGGCCCCAUUCUUUAGUAACCUACCCUAAAAGUCAUGGGUGCUUUCCUUUUUCUAAGUACCAGUUGCAAACUGGUUUGUCUGCUUACAUUGCUUCAUUUUGCUACUGAUUCUUCUUAAUUCAAGGGAAGGAGUGGACAGAAAAUGCAUUUAUAUAAUUGUUCCUUUAAAAUACACUCAGCCCUAAUGUCAUCAGUUAAUGAGUGGAUGAACAAAAUGUUGCCAUGGAAUAUUUCUUGUACUGUUCAAUCUUAAAAAGGAAAAAAAGUACUGACACAUGCUACAGCAUGGAUGAACCUUGAAACCAUUAUGUUAAAUGAAAGAAGCCAGAUAUACAAGGCCAUGUAUUGUAUGAUUCCAUUUAUAUGAAAUAACCUGAAUAAGCAAAUCUGUCGAGACAGAAAGUAUAUUAGUGGUUGCCAGGGCUGGGGAAGGAGAGAAUGGGGAAUAACUGCUAAUAGGUAGAGAAUUUCUUUUGGGGAGGUUUUGAAAUGCUGUGGAAUUAGUGAUGAUUGUUGUAUACUUCUGCGACUAUACUAAAAUGCACUGAAGUAAUACUUUAAAGGGGUGAAUUUUAUGAUAUGUGAGUUAAUUACAAUUAAAAAUUAAACUCAUUCUGUUUGCAA